CCUACUCCAAAAGACGAAAUUAUUUGUUUUUUUACCGCUAUUAUGUGACACUUUUAUUUAACGUAUAAAGUAAUUGCAAUUAAAUCUACCUUUAAUUUAAUAAGAACUCGUCAUACUUACUUUCCAUAUUAAUUUGGCUCGUUAUUUCCUGAAUAACGUACUAGGCUUCGCCAUGGGAUGUCAAAGUUGGUCCUCGUGAGGGACAGAGCGGGUUAACGCGCCGGCUCCGAUGUUUACAGCAGCCUGACCUCUCCAGUUAUAUACUUUCUUUUUUCCUAUUUUAUCUUAGGAUGCGCUAUGCGGCAACCGCCUCUCUGUCCUUCGGUUCUCUGGGCCUGCUUCGUCUCUUCGGAGCGCCUUGGUCCUGGAGUGUGGCAGCUGGUCUCGGAGUCUACCUCGGGACCGGUGGCUGGCAAUACUUCUAUAUUGCAAUUCGCACCGUCAAAAGGGACAUUAAUGGACUGUAUGUGCUCAUGAGGGUGAAGCUAGCGCUCUGGCGUCACACGCGCAGUGGUAGCACUUUGCCCGUCAUCUUCUCUCGGACAGUGGCCCGGCACCCAGACAAGCCUGCCCUUGUGUACGAGGCGACGGGGGAGACGUGGACCUUCUCGCAGCUGGACCAGCUGUGCAACGCGGCAGCCCACUGGGCCCUGAGCCAGGGCUGGACCUCGGGGGACGUGGUGGCGCUGUUCAUGGAGAGCAGGCCUCUGCAGGUCGUGCUCUGGCUGGGCUUGGCUCGUGUCGGUGUGGAGGCGGCACUGAUCAACUUCAACCUGAGGCAAGACUCCCUCCUGCACUGCCUGGGCGUGUCCGCGGCCCGGGGCCUGGUUUUCGGGGCAGAGAUGGCUGGCGCUGUGUCUGAGGUGAGUCCCUCUCUGAGUCUGUCUAUGACUCGCUACUGCACUGGAGACCUGGGACCCCAACAGCUGGCUGCCCUGAACGCGCAGUCACUGGACCCCAUGUUGGCGUCCUCCCCCCAUCACCCACCGUCCUACGUGCCGUCAAAGGGCUUCAGCGAUCGUUUGUUCUACAUCUACACCUCUGGUACCACCGGUCUUCCCAAAGCCGCUAUUGUGAUCCAUAGUCGGUAUUUUAGAAUCGCUGCAUUUGGUUACUAUUCAUUUCGCAUGCGGCCGGAUGACAUCAUAUAUGACUGCCUGCCACUUUACCAUUCAGCAGGUAACAUCAUGGGUGUCGGUCAGUGUUUAAUCAACGGGCUGACGGUGGUGGUGAAGAGGAAGUUCUCAGCUAGCCGCUUCUGGGAUGACUGCAUCAAAUACAACUGUACCGUGGUUCAGUAUAUAGGGGAGAUCUGCCGCUACCUGCUGUCUCAGCCUGUGCGCCCCUCGGAGCAGGGUCAUCGCGUGCGCCUGGCGGUGGGGAACGGCCUCCGGCCCAGCGUGUGGGAAGCCUUCACCCAGCGCUUCGGCAUCGAACAGAUCGGCGAGUUCUACGGAGCCACAGAGUGCAACUGUAGCGUGGCCAACAUGGACGGCAAGGUGGGUGCAUGCGGCUUCAACAGCCGGAUCCUGCCCAACGUCUACCCUAUCCAGCUGGUAAAGGUGGAUGAGGAGACCAUGGAGCUGGUGCGGAACAAGGCGGGACUUUGCAUUCCAUGUCGACCUGGGGAACCAGGACUGCUGGUGGGCAAAAUCAACCAGCAAGACCCUCUGCGCCGCUUCGAUGGAUAUGCUAAUCAGGAGGCCACUAGGAAGAAGAUCGCCCACAAUGUGUUUAAGAAAAAUGACUCCGCCUAUCUGUCAGGUGACGUCCUGGUGAUGGAUGAGCUCGGCUACAUGUACUUCCGGGACCGCAGCGGUGACACUUUCCGCUGGAAGGGGGAGAAUGUCUCCACCACUGAGGUGGAGGGGGCGCUGAGCAGCCUGCUGGGCCAGACGGACGUGGCCGUGUACGGCGUGGCAGUACCGGGCGUGGAAGGGAAAGCUGGCAUGGCAGCCAUUGCUGACUUGAAUGGGAGCUUUAACUGCGAUUCUUUCCUGAGGGAAGUCCAGAAAGCGCUGCCCCCAUACGCUCGGCCUGUCUUCCUCCGCAUCUCCCCACAAGUGGACACCACAGGAACAUUUAAAAUUCAGAAGACCAGGUUGCAGAGGGAGGGAUAUGACCCCCGAAUCACAUCUGACCGGAUCUACUUUCUCAAUGCUAGAGCAGGACGUUAUGAGGUUGUGAAUGAGGAGUUGUAUAAUUCCUUAGUUGAUGGUAGGAUACCUCUCUGAGAAGACAAAGGCAGAGUAAGCUCUGGAACUUCAGGGAUCACUUAUAGAAAUGCAAUCACUGCUGUGAUUUGUGUUUGUAAUAUGUUGACAGGCAACAUUUAGCACUAAGCCAGCAGCACUACAUUUCAUUAUGCUAUUUUACAGCGUUCAUUCUGUGUGUGCUUAACAUUCAUAAUAGGAUUUGAUGUGUAUUGUGAAUGGAAAUUCCUUUACCAGCCAAAGAUAUAUGCAAGGGUUUGUAUAGGAAGAAAUACAAAUACAAUAUAUUUGCUGGGAAAUUCACAAAAACUGAUAGUGCCUACCUAAAGAUGUAAAUGACUCUACAAUAUGUUGCAUCAUGCUUAUGUAAGUAAUUCUUCACCAUUCGGGAUGUUUGUGUAGACUCUUCCAUAGGUACACUCCAUUUUUGGUUACUGUAACAACACUAUGGCAGAACCUGCAGGUUGAAGAAUUACAGAGCAAACAGUUCCGUUUUUCCUCUUUAUUGAAAGUUCUUUCUGUUUUGACCUACUAAAUUACCUUUCAAAUAUUACCUGAAAAAUUCUUCAAGUGUAUAAAAUUAACUCUCUUCAGAAUUAUCCCUGUGUAGUUCAACACUAACAUUAAUCAUGCUCUCCACACUGAUGGCUUUAAACGUUUAUUAUGGGUGUGUGUUUCUGUACACAUCUAUUACAAAGUGCCUUGAACUGGGUUUCCCCGUUCCGAGAAGUCCAGUAUAUCAUGACAGGUUCUUUGAGUUGAAUGCUGGCAGAAAGACUAUAAGUGAUGUUUAGGCAGCUUUUGACACUAAUAUUUCACAGUCCCACGUUAUAAUGAUCAUCAGGAAUAUGAUCCCAGGGCAGGAACACGGCGCACCGAGUUCUCCCUUUUUGACAUGGUGUGAAUUGCGAGUUCAAACUGAAAUAAAUAUUUUUAGAACCUGUUUAUCAUUUGUAAUUUUAUACUCAGACUUGUGAACAAACGAUCUUUUUUUUUUUUUUUUUCUGUUCAUAAGUUGAAGUCAUAGAUGAUGCAUGUGCUUGUGUUUUAUCUGUUCAGAGAAUAGAUGCACUGACCUCUAAACAAUUUACUAUUAAUCUAUUACUUGGACAACAAGAAUUGGUUUGGAACUCACUUAUCAUCCUACAAAUAAAUCAGUGGCUAAUAUACUUUAA